CUCAUGGGAAGAGGCACGGAGAAAGUACCAGAGAGAGCAGCAGCUGAGGAGGCUGACUGGUGGGGGGGAGGGGGGGGAGGGGGGGCGGGGGGGGCGGGGGGAGGGGGAGGGGGAGAGGGGGAAGGAGGGGGAGGAAUGGGAGGAAAGGGCACGGGAGAAGGGGGAGUGGGGGGAGUGGGGGGAGAAGGAGGAGGACCAGUGGGAUGGGGAGAGGCGGAGAGGGAUGAGGCACGGGUUGCGCGCCCCCGGAUUUCGUUUCAGCGCGGUCCGAUGUUCAGCAUCGACGGUCGACAAUCCAAUUUUUUUUCGAAUGGUUGAGAUUUCUCGACAGACCCUAGGCAUGCGCGAUCGAUUGGUUGAUUGAAAACAUUGUUUCCGCCGAACCAUGAUGUGUACGAAGAUGUUAGAAAGAGACUAUGAAUAGAAUAGGAAGAUAUAG